UAUGCUAAACUUCGUGAGUAUAAUAACAAAAAGAAGAAAAUGGCCCAGAAAAGACAGGAAAAUAUGAAUAUGUUAAAUGAGGCGGAUGAUAUUGAACAUAGUUCGAAUGAGAAUAGUGAUCAAGAUAAGAAUGAAAGGAUAGAUAAGGAGCAAGGUUUGGAUGAAUACAGUAAUGAGAGGGAGAAUGAGAUAGAUGAAGAGGAAAGAACAUGA